AUGGGCGAGUCACGUCAAGAACUCGUACAAUGGCUGAACAGCCUGCUUCAGCUCAACAUCACCAAGGUCGAGCAGUGCGGCACUGGUGCUGCCCUUUGCCAGGUCUUCGACAGCAUCUACAUGGACGUUCCCAUGUCGAGGGUCAAAUUCAAUGUGAACAGCGAGUAUGCGUACAUUCAGAACUUCAAAGUUCUGCAGAACACCUUUACGAAGAAGCAGAUCGACAAACCCAUCCCCGUCGAGCAAUUGGUCAAAUGCAAGAUGCAGGACAACCUCGAGUUCUUGCAGUGGACAAAGAAAUUCUGGGACUUGAACUUCCCCGACCACGAUUACGAUGCCGUUGCGCGCAGAAAGGGAGCUGCGGUCCCGUCCGGAGGUGCAGGUGCCCCUAGAACUACGACUGCCAGUGCGGGCGCGAGACGGGGGGGAGUCACUCCCAGCGGCGGUGCUAGGGUGGCCAAGGCUGCUGGACCAGGCACCGCCGCCCUGCAAGCCGAGAACGCCACGCUCAAGGAAACCGUCGGGGGCCUCGAGCGAGAGCGCGACUUCUAUUUCAGCAAACUGAGGGACAUUGAGCUGCUGAUUCAACAAGCUGUUGAUGAGGAUCCCGAGCUUGAGAAGCAAGAAGACGGCUUGGUAAAGAACAUCCAGACCAUCCUCUACUCAACAGAAGAGGGCUUCGAGAUCCCUGCCGAAGGCGACGCCGUGAGCGACCAGGAGACUUUUUGA